AUGAACACUACAGGCGUGCUGUCCUUUACCCAGCAAGCCUGGGAGCAGGUGCUGGCCAAAGCGAAACGGGCCGUGGUCUACCUGGACGCCGCCUGCGCGGAAAGCCUGCACUGGGGCUGCGGGUCCUCGCGGUUGCUGGAGGCGGUGGGGAGCCCUGCGUGUUACCUGCGCGAGUUCGAGCCCGCCGCAGUUGGUGGCGGAGCCGAGCAGCCCAAGGCAGUGUUUGUGUUGAGCUCCCUGCUGAAAGGCCGGGUCGUGGAGACCCUGCGGGACAUCAUCUGCCGAAGUCACUUCCAGUACUGUGUGGUGGUCACGGCUGUGAACCACGCAGUCCAUCUUACGGCUAAUCACGUGCCGGCGGCGGCAGCAGCCGAGUUGGAAGGGCAGCAGCCAGUGUUCGAGCAACUGGAGGAGAAGCUGUGUGAGUGGAUGGGCAACAUGAACUACACAGCCGAGGUGCUGCACGUACCGUUGUUACUCGCCCCGGUAGCUCCCCACCUGGCCCUGACUCCAGCUUUUGCUUCCCUUUUCCCACUGUUACCCCAGGAUGUGCAUAUCCUCAACAGUGCCCGACCUGACAGGAGGAGGCUGGGAAGCCUGGCUGAGGUGGAUGCCGCUGCCCUGACCCCCGAGCUGCUGCUGCAGAUUCGGUGCCUGGUGUCAGGGCUCAGUGCCCUGUGUGAGCAUUUAGGGGUGCGAGAGGAGUGCUUUGCUGUAGGUUCGCUCAGUCGGAUCAUCGCUGCGGAUCUGGCCAAUUUUGCUCCUGCCAAGAACAGGAGGAAGACGGCCUCAGGCAGGGCAUCAGUGGUCUUUGUGGACAGAACGCUGGAUCUCACAGGGGCUGUAGGACAUCAUGGAGAUAACUUGGUGGAGAAGAUCCUCGCGGUGCUUCCCCAGCUUCCAGGCCACACCAGUGAUGUGAUAGUUAACAUGGUGGAGCUCACUGCACUCCAGGCUGAGGAGGAGAGUCAGAAUGUGGUUGUACCCGGCUGUCUUGCACAAUCCAAUGACCCUGCAGCCAGAGCCCUGUGGGACGCCUUACUGAACACCAGGCACAAAGAGGCAGUGAUGGAAGUCCGGAGACACCUAGUGGAGGCAGCGAGCAGAGCAAACCUGCCAAUCAAGAUGAGCAUGGGGAGAGUCACUCCAGGGCAGCUCAUGUCCUAUAUUCAGCUCUUCAAGAACAACCGCAAAUCCCUAGGGAAUCACUGUGGGCUCCUACAGCUUGGGCUGGCCACUGUUCAAACUCUGAGACACCCACAGGCGGCCAAGUGGGACAACUUUCUGGCUUUUGAAAGGCUCCUUCUCCAGAGCAUUGGGGAAUCGACAAUGUCUGUUGUGUUACAUCAGCUGCUGCCCAUGAUUAAGCCUUUGAACCAGAGGAGCAAUGAUGACUACAGCCCCGAAGAGCUGCUGGUCCUCCUGCUAUAUAUUUAUUCCGUCAGUGGAGAGUUCUCAGUGGACAAAGACCUGGGUGAAGGUGAAGAAAAAGUGAAGAAAGCGUUGGCUCAGGUCUUUUGUGAGGAGUCUGAAUUGUCACCUUUGCUGCAGAAAAUCACAGGCUGUGACUCUUCAAUUAACCUGACAUUUCACAAAUCUAAAAGUGCUGUGGAUGAACUCUUCACUUCGCUUCGGGAUAUUGCUGGAGCUCGGAACCUCAUGAAACAGUUCAAGUCUGUAUAUGUUCCUGGAACUCAUACCCACCAGGCAUCCUAUAAACCACUGUUGAAGCAGGUCGUGGAGGAAAUAUUUAAUCCCGAGAGGCCAGAUCCAGUUGACAUUGAACACAUGUCUUCAGGCCUCACUGAUCUCCUUAAAACUGGAUUCAGCAUGUUCAUGAAGGUGAGCCGGCCUCAUCCCAGCGACCACCCUCUCCUCAUCCUCUUCGUGGUGGGCGGAGUCACAGUCUCUGAAGCCAAAAUGAUCAAAGACCUUGUGCCGUCCCUGAAGCCGGGAACCCAGGUAAUCGUGCUGUCCACGCGACUCCUAAAGCCACUUAACAUCCCUGAGCUGUUGUUUGCGACUGACCGGCUGCAUCCAGACCUUGGCUUCUAA